AAGCCAAGAAGAUGGAGGGCAUCUUGGACUUUUCGAGCAACCUAGAUGUCAACUUGUUCGAGAACGUGGUCCACUGCCUGUUCAGAGGCUCGCCGGAAGAGAUUGCCGAGGCCAACCGGGUGCUCAUCCAAUUCCAGGAGCAUCCGCAGGCGUGGACGCGUGUGGACACGAUUCUCCAGUAUGCGCAGAGCGACGAGGCCAAGGUCAUUGCGUGCAACGUGCUUGAGUCGACGAUCACGGUCAAGUGGAACGUGCUGCCGGAGGACCAGCGCGAGGGGAUGAAGAACUUUGUGGUGGAUCUUGUGGUGAACAUGAGCUCUGACGCAGCGAUGAUGCAGCGAGAGGCAACGUAUUUGACUCGGCUCAACCUGGUGCUGGUGGAGAUUCUCAAGCACGAGUGGCCGCACAACUGGCCCAACUUUAUCUCUGAGCUCGUUGAGGCGUCGAACAAAGCCGAGUCGCUGUGCGAGAACAACAUGGUGAUUCUGCGGUUCCUCUCGGAGGAGGUCUUUGACUACUCGAAGGAGCAGAUGGUGUCGGGCAAGGUGCAGGCGCUCAAGGAGCGGCUCAACUCGGAGUUUUCGAUGAUCUUUGACCUGUGCCAGUAUGUGCUCGAGGCGGCGAGCUCCGAGUCUCUGGUCCGUGCGACGCUUGUGACGUUGCACAAGUUCCUCAACUGGAUUCCGCUGGGGUACAUUUUCGAGACGAACAUUGUCAACGCACUGCUGACGCAGUUCUUCCCCAACCCUGCGUUCCGCAACAUUGCGCUGCAGUGCCUUGUGGAGAUUGGCUCGCUGAGCGUCAAGACAAACGUGUACGACGAGGCGUUUGUGGCGCUGUACUCUGUGUUUGUCUCUGAGCAGCUGCCUGCGGUGAUCACGGGCUCGACGAACAUUGCGCAGGCAUACUACAUGGGCUCUGAGGAGGAGAAGGGCUUUGUGCACUACCUGGCGCUGUUCUUUACCGGCUUUUCAAGGCGCACCGCGACCUGCUCGAGGCGCACGGCGAGGCGCACGAGGUGCUGCUGGAGGGGCACAUGGUGCUUGCGCGGAUUUCUGCGGUGCAGGACCUCAAGGUCUUCCGCAUCACGCUUGACUACUGGCACGCGCUGGCGCGGUCGCUGUACAUCGGGAUGGGAGCGGGCAAAGGGACGAAGAGCGUGCUGGGCGCGUCCAAGGCGCUUGUGGUGUCGAACCCGUACGCGGCGCUGGCGACGAGCGAGGACGCGGCGGCAGCGGCGCGGCGCAAGCUGUACAAGCCUGUCCUCUCUGCGAUGCGGCUGCUGAUUAUCCAGCGGAUGCCCAAGCCGGAGGAGGUGCUUGUGGUGGAGGACGAGAACGGGCACAUUGUGCGCGAGCGGUCGAAGGACACGUCUGCCAUGGCGCUGUACAAGGUGAUGCGCGACACGCUGGUCUUCCUCACCAACCUCGACCCGCAGGAGGUGGAGGUGAUCAUGAAGUCGAAGCUUGUGCUGCAGAUGAACGGGCGCGAGUGGUCGUGGGCUAACAUCUCGACGCUCUGCUGGGCCAUCGGCUCGAUUUCUGGCGCGUACCCUGUGGAGCAGGAGAAGCGGUUCCUUGUGCACGUGAUCAAGGACUUGCUGAGCCUGUGCGAGAUGCGGCGCGGGAAAGACAACAAGGCGGUCAUUGCGGCGAACAUCAUGUAUGUUGUGGGCCAGUACCCGCGGUUCCUCCUCGCGCAUUGGAAGUUCCUCAAGACGGUGGUGACCAAGCUGUUUGAGUUUAUGCACGAGCGGCACGAGGGCGUGCAGGACAUGGCGUGCGACACGUUCCUCAAGAUUGCGCAGCGGUGCCGGCGCAAGUUUGUGACGGUCCAGCCGCAGGAGAGCGAGCCAUUUAUUGUGCCGAUUCUCUCGCAGCUGCAGGCGAUUACGCAGCACCUGGAGCCGUCGCAGAUCCAGACGUUCUUUGAGGCGAUCGGGUGCAUGAUUGCGGACCAGCCGGACGCUGGGGCGCGCGACGAGCACUCGUCGUCGCUCUUCUCGUGGCCCAACUCUGUGUGGUCGCAGGUGAUGGCGAGCGCGGCGGACGACUCGAGCGUGCUCAACGAGCUGUCGACGAUGCGGACGCUGGCGGACCUGCUGCGGACCAACGUGGCUGCGGCGCGGUCGAUGGGCCACGCGUACCUCUCGCAGCUGGGCGGGAUCUACCUGGACAUUCUCUCGGUUUACAACUACUACUCGGAGCUGAUCUCGAGCGUGGUUGCCGAGCACGGAGAAGUGGCGACGAAGCGUGUGGAGGUCAAGCUGAUGCGCGCGGUGAAGAAGGAAGCGCUCAUUCUCAUUGCCACGUACGUCAAGUCGGCCAACGAUGGGCAGCUGGUGGUGGAGCGGUUUGUGCCGCCGCUGAUGGAGGCUGUGCUGUACGACUACCGCAACAUCAUCACCGAGGCGCGCGACGCCGAGGUUCUUGCGCUCAUGGAGACGAUGGCGCGGAGCCUCAAGGAGCUCUUUACACCUGUUGUGCCGCACGUGCUCGACGCAGUCUUUGAGGUCACGCUCGAGAUGGUGACGCACGACUACGACACGCACAUGGACGUGCGGAUUGCGUUCUUCAAGAUGCUGCGCGCGUUCAACGAGCACUGCUUCCCGGCCUUUUUCAUGGUCUCAGCGGACGUGUUCAAGUACACUGUGGAGGCCAUGGUGUGGGCCAUGGAGCACCACAAGCUGGAGAUUGCCGAGCUGGGCGUCCGGUCGCUGCUCGAGCUCCUCGACCGGGUCAACGGCUCGGAGGUUGCCAACGAGUUCUACGCCUCGUUCUUCCUCAACAUCAUGACGGCGGUCUUUGCGGUCCUCACGGACACGCUCCACAAGACCGGGUUCCGGCUCCAGGUCCAGCUGCUGCAGCUGAUGUUCUCGCUGGUGGAGAGCGACACCAUUUCUGCGCCGAUCUUUGACCCUGCGUCUGCGCCGGGCGAGGACAACAAGAGCUUUGCGCGCAAGUACGUGACAGACCUGCUCUCGAACGCGUUUGCCAACGUGGCGCCGGAGGAGAUUGUGUCGUACGUGGACGACAUGUUCCAGCUCUCGGGCGACGCCGGGGCGUUCAAGUCGCACAUGCGCGACUUUCUCAUCUCGAUCCGGCAGUACUCGGCGAGCGUGGAGAAGGAGGCCAUGGAGGCGUCGCUCGGCCGCGGCAGGGCGAACGAGCCGACGCCCGGGCAGCUUGCCGAGUCGAUGGCGCUCGCGCCACCAUCGCGCGAAAUUGUCAUGCACGACCCGGAUGCAUACGGCGGCGAAGGCAAUCCGUUUACCGGCGAGGCGUCGAUCCUCUCGUUUGGCGGGCAGUCGCACGGCGGCAACGACGACAACUCGAUGUCGAUGGUGGUCUCCGGCGGGAGCGGAGGAGGGGCCGAGGCGAUGGCGCUCGACAAGUUUUACUCGGACGACCGGGCGCUCGCGGUGAUGGAGUCCAACCAGGCGGCGGAGGACAUGGCGGCGGCCAUCCCCGGCAUGCUCGGCCCGCACCAUCCGCGGACGGUCGAGGCCGAGAUGUCGCUUGUGGAGAGCUCGCGCAACGUCGAGGACGACCUGCUGGAUCCCGCCGACGUGCCCACGACACACCAGCUUGCCCUCUCGGGCGCGUUCAACGGGCCCAACUCGCUCAUGGAGAGCGUUCAGGCACACGCCGGCGUCCUUGCCCUCGCCAGCUCGGAGCUCCAGGCGCAGCUUGCCCAGCCGGCGGUCGAGGCUGGCGUGUUGGAGUUUGGUAACUCGGACACUGGCGCCGUCGGCACGUCGAGCGCCAUUGUGGUGAGCGGGGAUGGUGGAGGAGAUGAGACCUUGUUCUGAGCAUGUGCGAGUGCAAGCCCCGUGAUGUUGGUGCGUGACUGGGAAAGGUAAAGAUCGACCCCACCCCCC